UUAGCUGUGUAUGAAAUCUUCCAAAAAAAAAAAAAAACACACUUGCUUGCUAACAUAGCUAGCUACGACCACUUCCCUAGAUAAAUCAGACGUCGACAUUGGUGGUAAUUCCGCUCAGGCUGUAAACUAGCGAUAAACAUAUUCGUCGUGGCUGUUUGCCCUCCUUGCUGUAUCGAGGCUGGCUCUACAUUCUGCAUUAUCCGAUCUUUGUCGUCCCCCCUCCAUUGUGUAGCUAAUGAUCAUCUGCUGCUGUGUGGUGUGGCCUCUGCCUGUUCUCUGCAUUUAGCUGUUUUGUGAUCCCCCUUCUUCAUUUCCUCUUUCCAUCCGAAGACGACAUUGGUAUUUGAACACCCAAGAACAGUGCUCCCCUAUGUUAAAGACUAAAAAUAACAAUAAUAACAUUGAGCUAAAAUGUGUUUCUCUAUGUUAAGUUGACACAGUUAACCCGUAUACAGUAGCAUUAGAGAAGUUGACUCAUGUACAUCCCUUCCAGCCUUGGUAGUCAACAUGUGUAAAUUCCUGUAAAGUGGAUGCAUUUUACAGUUCAUACUUCCUACACGAAGUGCCCUUCGGACUAGCAAAGGUGCAUUGUACCCAUCCAAUGUGUUGGCUUUAUUUAUUUAUUUAUUUCAAUCAGGCAUAUUUAUAAUUAUUUUACUCCCUGUAUCACAGGUUCCCAUCCUUGCUCCUGGAGUAUCUCUUGUCGUGUAUAUUUUAGUGUUUUCUCUGCUCUCAAUACACCUGAUUCAUUUUAUCUGGCAAACAAGAACCCUUCCUGAGCUGAAAUGGGUGUGUUCGAGCAGAGAAAACACAAAAAAUGUGCAGGACCAGGAUUGGGAACCUGUGCCUGUUCUGGUUAUAAAGAGACAUCCUGUUAAAAUAAUCCUCUAACGAACAAGAACGUAAUGGCCACACAGAUAUAUUACACUGCACCUGUGUUGAUCACCCAAACAUGUGCAACAUGGCUUUAACAAUGCCUAAAUAAGGCUUAUCAAUGCAAAUGACGCUAAUUAAUUAAGACCCUGACUUGAUCUCUGCACUAACAAAUUCCAAAAUGCUAUCCAUUUCACAGGGAUGUUUAAUUUCCUGCACUGCUACAAAUAUCCUCUAUUAGAGUGAAAAUGUCUAUUGUUUGGUUGUGGUUUCUCUACCUUUUGUUCUGGUAAUAGACUUCAAUUGCAUGAAUCACAUUAUUCAUAUUAUUUUUAUUCAACAUUGAUUAGACUCCAAUGUAAUCUUUCUGUAGAAAAGAUGUACCCUGCUGUACUGUAAUGUGCUGUAGCCAACACAUCUGCUCAUUGGAUGCCGCUUUUGUUCUGUUUAACCCUGUACGGAGCAUGGUGGGCCUUGCCUUUGGUCAAUGUUGUUUUAUUUGUUGCAUGGUAUUAUUAUGACACAAAUCCACCUAUACUAAUAUUUUUCAAUAAAGAAUAUAGUAUUUUUCCUAACCUCCAGUGUGCUUCUUGCUGAUUUCCAUUUAUUGCCCCCUCCCCACCUCCUCCCCCCUGCUGUGACAAAGAUAGAUUCCUUGCUUUCUUCAUCAUGAGAGCUCAAUGAGUUUUUAUGUGGCCAUUUAUGUUGAUUAUUUAGGCAGUUGAAGGUGCAGUGGGAACCCAGUGGUCCUUUAGACUGGACAUUGUUUGAACGAUAUUAGGAAAUCAAUUCACUACUGCUUUAUUGUAUUGUAAUUUUUUUUUUUUUUUUUUUUUUUGUAAAUUGCAAACCAUAUAAUUUUAAAAUGGUGUUGGCUAUUGACAUUUAAAACUGCAGCUUUUAAGUCUUUUCUUAGUAAAUGAUCCUGACACAAUGUCCCUAUGCUGUGGUGUGUGGAGGUAGCCAAACAUUCCAUCACUGUGAUUGAUUAUUCUUUCUUCCACUAACACCUGGAAGACAUUUUGGCAGAUGGGGGGGAUUUCUUUGCUCAUGUAAUAAAUGUAAAACACACUCUGGUCUCAGAUUUUUAAAUAAAGAAUUAAUUUAGUUUGCCGUUUACCAAAGGACCUAAUUUUAUUUAGCACUUGAACAUAAAAUCUUUAUAAUACAAUCAGGUUUCAGUCAUUCAAGUUGUAAAUAGAGUUUUUUUUUUUAACCUCCUCCUAUAUUGGCUUUGACCGAACAGAAGCAGUAGCAAUAAACCAUGGGGUUUCAGACUUAAAGUACAGAGCUGUGAAAACCCUUGGUUUUGUCUAUCUCAUAUUAAAUAGUUUUAUAUCUUCAAAAGAAAUACAAUAUAAAAUGAAGCCAAAGUAAACACAAUACAGUAUUUAUUUCUUAAUUUUUUUAUUGAAGCAAAAAAGUUAUCCCCCAUGUGAAAACACUAAUUGCCCACUUAAACUUAGAAUCUGUUUGUGCCACCUUUAGCAGCAAUAACUGCAACCGAAUGCUUCCAAUAACUGGAGAUCAGUCUUUUAUAUACAUCUAGGACUAGGAGUUACUCCUAUGAUUUGGAUAAUUGUCGCUGCAUAAUCCAGUUGCGCUUGAGUUUCUUACAGACUGAAGACCAGACAUUCUCCUUUAGGAUUUUCUGGUAGAGAGCAAAGGUCAUGUUUCCCUCAAUUAUUGCAAGUUGCCCAGGCCCUGAAGCAGCAAAGCAUCCCCAAACCAUCACAUUUCCACCACCAUGCUUUACUGUAGGUAUGAUGUUCUUUUGGUGGAAUUCUGUGUUAGGAUUAUGAAAAUGUAACGGGACCCCUGUCUUCCAAACAGUUCCGCUUUUGAUUCAUCAGUCCAAGGAACAUUCUUCCAAAAGGGUUGAGGAUCAUCAUGGUGUUUUUUGGCAAAAUUCAGAUGAGCCUUAAUGUUCUUCCCGGUUAGCAGUGGUUUUCACUUCGCCACUCUUCCAUUGAUGUCAUUUUUGUCCAGUGUCUUGUCUUUCUGAUAGUGGUGUCAUGACCAGUGACCUUUAUUGAUGCAAGAGAGGCCUGUAGGUCAUUCGAUAUUGUCCUUGGCUCUUUUGCGAUUUGCUGGAUGAGUCGUUGCUGUGCUCUUGGAGGAAUUUUGGAAGGUCGGCCACUUCUGAGAAGGUUCACUAUUGUGCUGAGUUUUUCUGUUUGUAAAUAAUGCCUCUCGCUGUGGUCUUAUGGAGUCCCAGAGCCUUUGCAAUGCAGUGCCCUCCACUAAUAUUGGCACUUGUGGUAAAUGUGAGCAAAGAAGUCUGUGAAAAAUUAUUGUUUAAUUUUUUGAUCUUUUAUUUAAGAAUACAAAUAUACUCUGUUCUCAUGGAUAUCAAACAAUUGCAAACAGAACAGGUUUAUAAAAAAAACUUUGUUAAAUGUAGGCGUGCAACAAUUAUUGAGACCCUUUUAGUCAAUACUUUGUGCUACCUCCCUUUGCCAAGAUAACAGCUCUGAGUCUUCUCCUAUAAUGCCUGAUGAGGUUGGAGAAUACAUGACAAAGGAUCUGAGACCAUUCACAGAUUCUCUUAAGAUCCUUCAAAUUUCGAGGUCCACACUCCUCUUCAGUUCAGCCCACAGUCAGGGGACUGGAAUGGCCAUGGCAGGAACUUGAUUUAAACCAUUUUUGUGUUGAUUUUGAUGUAUGUUUUGGAUCCUUGUCCUGUUGGAAGAUCCAAUGACGACCCAUUUUAAUCUUUCUGGCAGAGGCAGUCAGGUUUUCAUGUAAUAUCUGUUCAUAUUUGAUAGAGUCCAUGAUGCCAUGUAUCCUAACAAAAUGUCCAGGUCCUCUGGCAGAAAAACAGCCCCAAAACAUUAAAGAGCCACCACCAUAUUUAACCAUGGGCAUGAGGUACUUUUCCAUAUGGCUACCUCUGUUUGUGCGCCAAAACCACCUCUGGUGUUUACUGCCAAAAAACUCUAUUUUGGUUUCAUCUGACCAUAUAACCCGAUACCAAAUGAAGUUCCAGUAGUGUCUGGCAAACUGAAGACGCUUGAGUUUGUUUUUGGAUGAGAGUAGAGGCUUUUUUUUUUUAAACCCUUCCAAACAACUUGUGGUGAUGUAGGUGACUUCAGAUUGUAAUUUUGGAGACUUUCUGACCACAUGACGCGACUAACUUCUGCACUUCUCCAUCUGUGAUCCUUGGAGAUUUUUUGGCCACUCGAACCAUCCUCCUCACAGUGUGUUGAGACAAUAUAGACACACGUCCAAUUCCAGGUUAAUUCAUAACAUUUCCAGUUGACUGGAACUUCUUAAUUAUUGCCCUGAUGGUGGAAAUGGGCAUUUUCAGUGCUUGUGCUAUUUUCUUAUAGCCACUUCCCAUUUUCUGAAGCUCAACAACAUUUUGCUGCACAUCACAGCUAUAUUCCCUGGUCUUACCCAUUGUUAUGAAUGUCUAAGGGAAAUUGGAAAUUGAGAGCAGAGUAUUUUUGUGACUUUUUUUUAAAAUAAAAUAUCAAAAGUUUAAACAAAGAUAAUUUUCCACAGCCUUCUUUGCUCAUAUUUACCAACGGUACCAAUAUUAGUGGCGGGCACUGUAGCUUUGUAACCCUCCCCAGACUGAUGCAUCACCUUCUUCCACCUCAUUUCUUGAAUUACUGGGUAAGACCUUUUAACCGACUUCAUGCUGUUGAAAAAGUUCUAUUUAAGUGUUGAUUUGAUUGAACAGGGUUUGCAGUAACCAGGUCUCGUAACAUCUAGUCCAGCUGAACCCCAUUAUGAAUGCAGCUUCAUAGAUUUGGGGAAAUGGUAACUACGGGGGCAAACACAUUUCCAAACAGUCCCAGUUGGUAUUUGAUAACUUUUUUGCUUCAAUAAAUGACAUUAUCAUUUAAAAAGUGCAUUUUGUGUUUAUUCAGGUUGCCUUUGUUUUAUCUUAAAUUUUGUUUUAAUUUCUGAAACAAUUUAGUAUGAGAGAUACACAAAAACAGAAGAAAUCAGGAUGAGGCAAAUACUUCUUCAUAGCACUGUAUCUAAUUUGGAGUCAAAAACUCAUUACGGAGAAUGAGCAGUUUGUCUAAAAUGUCAUUUUAAAUGUUCUCAAUCUAGUGUUUAUAUUCCCAAGAACAGGUACAGGUAGUCAACUGGUUAUAUGCAUAGGUUACCUAAUUCAGGUGUUUUCAUAGAUGGCACAAAGCAGAAUAAUGACUGGUUGUAAAAUCCUUAAGAGCCAGUGAGGAAUCAAGGGCGAUCAUUUUCAAUGAGCAGAAAACAUAGCAUAUAGUGCUAAAAAGUCCUAUAUUUUUACAAAUAUGCAGGGAAUUUCCUGUGCACAGGAAGCUCCUUAAUAAGCUGUGGGAAAACAGAUGUUCCAUAGCUUGCCAAUUGCUGUUUAAGGUUUUGGAGGUUCUCAUGCUUUUGUAAUUAAGUGUAGACAUAUUCUCCAUAUGACAUUCACCCUUUUUACAUCAUUAUGGAAGAUGCCUAGAAAUGAUCAGCCACGUGUCUUGUCUGGGUCCAUGAUUGUUACUUUUUAAUUUCAUGUCCGUUCAAUUAAGAACUUUAUUUUUUCCUCCACGUGCACUCAGAACAAAUCAUUAAAUCAUUCUCACUGUUUUAUUUCUUGUGCACUUUAUGUAAUGAGAAUUUUUUUUUGCUGUGGUAUUUUCCUGCAUGCUUUGCCAGGACAACUGUACAAGCCUCUUAGUGAAUCCUUCAUCUGAGCCAAAGCCCAUAGAUUUUCCAGGGUCUUUGAGACAGCAGGUGUGGCCAAGGAACUCCCUCUGAGAGGCUCAGCUAGCUGCAUGGAAUAGUCAGUGAAUAAUAGUAGACUUGCUCGCAUCUGUCGUUGAAGUGUCAGCUGCUGAGAGGUGAGAAGUGACCAUGAGAACCAAAAAGAAACUGCACGCUGCUGCUGACUACCACCGAGAUGCCCUGGUAGUAUUACGAGCCAGUGAAUAUGUACAAAACACUCAAAUAUCACUCUGCGUUCUUCAAACCUGCAGAGACGUUUGGGGAGCUUAGGAGAGGAUCUCAGUUUAACAGGCAUCAGCAUAGCCAUGCUACCUCUUGCCGGCAUUUCCAAGUAGGGCCCCAGGCCCAGAUCCCUGUUGACUUCCCAAUGCCCCAUCCAGGACAAUCUCAGGCGGGCAUGAACCCGCACCUUGGCCCAACGCACCAGCCAGCUGCCCCGUUGCAUCCUCCCCUCGGCCACAUACCAGCACCACAGUUCCAGGACAUCCAAGGCCCCCCCUUCCUACCUCAGGCUUUACACCAGCAAUACCUCAUCCAGCAGCAGAUCCUGGAGGCACAGCACAGGAGGUUCCUUCCACAGCCCAGACAUGCCCAAGAGAGAACAGCACACCAUCCCCAGACGAUCCGUGCCCCCUAUGAAUACACCCCCUCCAUACAUGUUCCUCCCCCUCCACCUGUGCCACAGCAGCCACGCUAUCUUGCAGAAGGAACAGACUGGGACUUGAGUGUGGACCCUGGUCUACCUCAUUCACACUACCAUGUCCCUCAGCUCCCACAGCACUAUCAGCACUACCUGGCCUCUCCGCGGCUGCACCACUUUCCCAGAAAUGCAUCCUCAGCACAAGUGGUUGUGCAUGAGAUCAGAAACUACCCCUAUCCACAGUUACAUCUACUGACCCUGCAGAGCCUCAAUCCCUCCCGCCAUGCCACCGCUGUGAGGGAAAGCUAUGAGGAACUCUUACAGCUGGAAGACAGGCUUGGCAACGUGAAUCGAGGGGCUAUGCAGACCACCAUUGAGAGGUUUACAUUUCCUCAUAAAUACAAAAAGAGAAGACCACUGGAGCUGAAAAUAGGGAUGGAUGAAGAUGAGCUGGACACUGAUGAAAAGUGUACAAUUUGCCUGUCCAUGCUUGAGGAUGAAGAGGAUGUGAGGAGAUUACCCUGCAUGCACCUCUUCCAUCAGGUGUGUGUUGACCAGUGGCUUGCAACCAAUAAGAAGUGUCCAAUUUGCAGGGUGGACAUUGAGACCCAGCUGACGCCAGACAGCUGAUGUCUUCUGUAGCGUUGGUGAAAGGUCUGCCAUUUUUCCCUGUCCCUUUUUUGGGUACUUUGCCAAAUGUCUGUCUCUCCAUCACCUCUCACCUUUGACCUUGCCUUCUGAGCCAAUUCGAAACGCAAAUCUUUAAUCCACGUAGGAUUAAAGGUGAAUAGCGAAGUGAGCAAAAUGGAAAGGAGUCUGAGGAUUCAUGGAGAAGAAUGUUCAGAUCUGUGCGAGUGUCCAGGGCAGGUUUCAAUGUGACUUUUUGCAGAGUCUGUCAUUAAGAUGGUUCCUAUCAAAGUCCCCUGCAUGGACAUUUAGUCUGUUUAGGACAGUAAGUGCAUCCCCUGGAUGAUCUCAACUGCAGUUAACCUAAAGCUUUUCCUCUGUCACAAUGUUUCAUAAUGCAUUAUAACAAAACUUUAUGAAGCUUUCAAAUUUCCAAAUGUUAGUAGUAGUCAGUCAUGUAUUUCAGAUGUUCUGCAUUCUUCUAUAGUGCAGGUAAUCAACUCAAAAAAAUAUUCAAAACAAUUAUUAUGUACUAUGUGGGAACAAUAUGUGAAUGGAGAUAGUAAAUUAGUAUGAAAUGUAUGAGUAGUUAAAAAAGUUAAAUGGAUUUAAAACAAAAUCCUAAUAAGGAAUGUGUAAGGAAAACAUUAUUCUCACAAAUCAAGUAAUCCAACGGUAUGAAAUGACACUAACAAUUAUUAACUGUAAUUAUCAGAAGUGAUAUAUAAUAUACUUUCUGUAACCAUGGUGACAGCAAGACCAGGCUUGAUUUAAGCUGUGACAGUAUGUAUUUGUGCUUGUGAAAUCUCCAUGCUUAGAAAAGUAUCCUCAAAAUGCAUGUUCUGUGAGAGGCUGAGGCUUAUUUUCAGGAACAUAAUGGAAAGACGGGCAGUUUGUGCAUGACAGAUAUCUUACUAAUUCUGAAGACACUGUGUUCUUAACAUGUCACUGAAGAAACAAGGAGUGAGAUGUAUACCUUAAUGCCUGUAGGACAAGCACACAUUCUAAUAACAGCCUACUUCUCAGUGUUUCCAUUAGCAAUGUAAAGUUUGUGGUAUCGCUUGAAAGUACAGCAUAUGUAGAGUAUGAAGCUAACUAAGAAAGCAGUCAUAUUGUGCAUGAAAACUGUUGCUGCCAUUUCUGGGGGAGAUGAAAAGGGAGAAAAGCCAUUGUUUUAUAGAUACCAAACAUAACUUUUCUAAACUGUAUUUUGAGUUAAUUUCAUUCUUUCCAUUCUGAUCAUGUCGUCCGUCCCCCCCCCCCCCCCCCAAUAUUGAUGAAUAUGCCAACCUAGUCGUGGGGCUGUUUCAGCUUCUCACCAUUUUAAAUAAGUAGCUGCAAUGCUGGAAUAAUAUUUAUUGUUGUCUUAAUGUAGCUAGCUGUUAUUUUUGUAAAUGCACUAUAUUAUGAGGUUGCCUGACUUUGAUGUGAUUGUGAAUGUUUCUCUUGUCCCUGCUUAUGCAUUUGCACUCAGUGACCUGUCUCUUUGAACGUGUACACUGCGGUUGCUCCUGACAGUAUACUCCAUCCAAAAAAUAGUAGCGUGGCCUAACAUUAGUCAUUGGCUCCACUUGUAUUACUUAAAUUAUUUGAACCCUCGCUUAAAUGUAUGUGACUUCAUGGCUUAGUAGCUAUUUCUGACACUAAUUAAUUGCAAUGCAGUAAUGCAUUGAUUAAUACAACUUGCUUGUUUUUUGCCUUUCCCCAAGAUUAGAGUCAAUUUAAAGCAUUGUGGUAAAUUGUACUUGACAAACAAAGAACUGGAGAAGUUUCAAUUUCCGUUACAUCUUAAAUUGGCUUUAUUAUUAUCAUGAUUGUCUCAGUGAGAGUUUAGUGUAACUAACCCUUACUGGCCUUUCUGUGUGUGAGCAGUGUUAAUGUCUGUUGAAAUUCCUUUUGUGACUUCAAUGAAAAUUUUCCUUCCGAAGGUACAGAGCAGUCUUUUCUCACUUCCUGUGUGCAGCAUUCAAUAGUUUACACAGGAUUUUGUGCAGUAAAAAUGCCUUAAGUAUUUAACAAUCAUAAUUUAUGACUAACUUUAGCUACUAUGGGUGCAUAUUUAAGUUUUGAUUUAGUUUAGCUAUUGAAUCGGUUUUAUUUAUUUACAUAGGCAUAACGUGUAUAAAUACCUCAUCGUGCAUACUUUAAUGGGAGUGCUUUGCAUGCAUUUGUUAUUUAAAGGAGAAAAAGAGAAACAAAACAAGAAAAAAAUUUCUAAAGGGUCUGCUGAAUCGUGUCAGUGUGUGGUGCUGUGGAUUUGGUUACAUUCCAUUAAUGCGAUUUCAAAGAAUACUUUAGCUGUGAACUAGUAGACAAACUGCUAUAGACUGGAAAUGUUUUGCAUGUAUCUCCUAUUUUGCACUCUCAGCUUUGCUACCCUCUCACUGGCAUUUGGAAAAUGUGCACCAUACUCUUUUUAUUUGAAUUUUUCUAACUUGGUUAGUAUCUAACAUUUUUUUUUUAAUUUUUUUUUUUAUAAAGUAUUACAACACAGCUUAGUGCAGCGUGAGAUGUACUGUGAUUAGCCACUUGUCCAAAAUGCUUUACAUUAGCUGGAUUUCUAUUACAUAGGGACCGGUCAUUUUUAACCUUCUGAUUGCAUAUGUUUUCCCUACUUCUUAAUCUUUUUUUAAUACCUAGUAACAGGGUCUGAAGCUAAAUGUCUGUCUGAGGAUAUAUCUAUCACUAAGUGUAAUGUGGCCAUUAUUUAUUCUUUUGAUAUGUUUUGAUGAAGAAAUGGACGAAACAGCAAAUGUAAAAUAAUAAUAAUAAUAAUCCUAUAAAAUAUAUUUAGCUCUCAGCUAGACCAUGCACUGAUAUUUUUAGAGGUGCAACUUUGAAACAAUACGGCAUGGUACAUUAAUUUAGAAUAGAUUCAGCCAAAAAGGGCAUAAAUUCCUCCUACUUGAUCAUGAUUGUGUCAAACGGGAUUUUGACAUGCCCCAGCGGAAAAUAAUUUUCUUGGUUGAAUUGAUAAACACAUUGGAAUUCCCUAUUUAUUUGCAGACGCCUGAUAUGAUUGACAAAUGAUAUAAGACAUGCCUUGUCAUAUGAUUUGUCCCACCAGCCUUAAGGUCUUUUUCCUUGCUCCACCACACUAGAAGAAUUUUGGACAUACAGCAAUAGUAUUAUGUUUCGCAAACAGAAUGAACAGUAGAUCCUAAAGCACAAGCUCUAUAAUGCAUGUCUUUCUCAGGUUUUAAUAUACGUAUGAGAAUGGAUAGAUAUGUUAAAAUAUUUUACCAUAAAUCUUUCUGAUGUUUUUUCUGCUGCUGAUGUUAAAAAAUAUUGAAUAACCUGCCAGUGAAAGGGAAGUGGCUAUCUUUGUAUAAGACACUGCUGUUGCUGUUACUGCGCAAUGUUUUCUGACAUUAAUAUUUUAUAGUCGAGUAGAAAAAAAUAUGUAUUGACAAUAUUUAAGCAAUAGCUCGAUGAUCAUCAUGUACGAUAAUUAGAUUAAGUGUAUAUUGCGUUAAAAAAAAGAAAAAAAAAUUAGAUUCACUUUUGGUGGAUUUUGUACUGUAUUUAUUACUAAUGAUGCAAAAAGUUGCAUAGCUUAACCCAAACUGUUCUUUCUUUUUUAAUUUCUUGUCUUGUAUAUGACCUUUUUGUAUGUGUUUUUCAAAUAAAAUUUUAAAAAUGCUUUA